CAAACAACAAUGCCCUAGCUCGCUCGCUCGCUUGCUCUCGUUCCCUGCCGCCGCCCGCUCCCCGCGUCUCCGCCCUCCGGCGCCGCUGCCCCUCCUGCUCCCAACUGAGCGGUCAGGAUGAGGGUGAAGAAGCGGUCGAGGCACCGCAAGGCGGUGAAGUUCUACGCGACCUGCUUCGGCUUCCGCGAGCCCUACAAGGUCCUCCUCGACGGCACCUUCGUCCACCACCUCCUCUCCCAACGCCUCCUCCCCGCAGACGACGCCCUCCGCUCCCUCCUCUCCGCGUCCAGGACCCCUGCCCUCUCCACCUCCAAGUGCGUCCUCGCAGAGCUCAGGCGGCUCGGCAAGUCGCACGCCGACGCCUUCGACGCCGCAAACCUGCUCGCCACCACAAAGUGUGAGCAUGACAAGGUGGUCAGUGCAGUGAACUGUAUCCUUUCACUCAUAGGUGAUAAGAAUCCCGAGCACUUCUUUGUUGCCACCCAGGAUGCUGAUCUCCGAGAAAAGUUACGGGAGGUUCCUGGGGUUCCUGUAAUAUAUGGUCUGAAGAACUCCUUAUUUAUAGAACAACCCUCUGUCCAGCAACGCAAGUUUGCCCAACUGGAUGAGGCGAAGCGUCUCAAUAUGGAUAUAUCUGAAUAUAAGAAGUUACUGAAGGUUGCAUCAGAAGGAAAGACAGACGCCGAUGAAAAUGGAAGUGAUGGAGGACAAAACGAGAGGCCUAUUAGUGCUCUUGUAAAAAAUGCACUUGGUGUUGCUGAGAAAAGCAAGUUUAAAAGGAACAGAGCAAAGGGUCCAAACCCACUCUCCUGCAAGAAAAAGAAACCAAAGCCCGAAUCCUCUGGUGUUCAAAAUCAGGGGGCUAAGGCUGAUGGGGAGUCGAAGAGGAAGAGGGUUCGGAAACGGAAGAGAAGCCACAAAGAUAACACGCAAGCAGAGACAGCAAACUAGAGGAUGGGCUUAUGAAGUUUCAGUGCUCUUGCUGCGCAUCCAUCCUGACUCUUGAGCCAGAACUCCCUAGCUAGUCAAUUAUGGAAGACAUACCCCACCAGAUUCAGGAUGCCAUGUCAUGCUCGUUGUGUCGAUGAUGUUCCUUGAAAUGUAAUACUUGAUUGUUUGCAGCAAUCAUGAUCUCUAGAGGACGUAGCUGGAAAUUUUUGUGGCAAGGUGUAACAUGAAUCUCUUCUCAAUCAAAGUUUUGGUGCCCAUCUAUUAA